GGCGAAGUGAGCCUCCUUUAGACUCCAGGCAUGUCGAGAGAGUCGCUGUGAGAUCACCCGGGUUAUAAAUAUCUCCGUGCCAGCGCUGCGCUCUCGGAGCGCGCUCUCCCUCCGGCGGGCCGACGAUGCCUCCCCAGGCCGGCCGAGCGGACGCCCGGCAGCCGCCCCCAAGGCGCAGCAGCCGCCGCCGCCUCUGCAAAAUGCCCCGCGCUUCCCCCCGGCUGGAAGAAUGAGCUUGUCCUCCCUCCUCUGCCUCUUCUGCCUCAGCCACCUGAUCCUCUUCGCUUGGGCACACCCGCAGACGCGGCGGCCCCCCAGCGCGCAAUUCCCAGGCGCGGCGCUCGGUGCCAAAAACAGCAGCGGCGGCAGCAGCAGCUCGGGGAAUCGGAGCAGCGGCGCUUCCUCUUCCUCCGCCGCGCCUUCCUCUUAUUUCUCGCCCUCUUGGGGAGUUCAAGGGAGCGGCUCGGAGAGGAGCAGUUUCCAGUGGAGCCCCUCCGGGCGCAGAACCGGCAGCCUCUACUGCCGGGUGGGCAUCGGCUUCCAUCUCCAGAUCCACCCCGAUGGGAAAGUCAACGGCUCCCACCAAGCCAGCCUCUUGAGUAUUUUGGAAAUAUUUGCUGUGUCUCAGGGGAUUGUAGGAAUACGAGGAGUUUUCAGCAACAAAUUUUUAGCGAUGUCAAAAAAAGGAAAACUCCACGCAAGUGCCAAAUUUACUGAUGACUGCAAGUUCAGGGAGAGGUUUCAAGAAAACAGCUAUAAUACCUAUGCUUCAGCGGUUCACCGGACUGAAAAAACGGGAAGAGAAUGGUACGUGGCUUUGAACAAAAGAGGCAAAGCAAAACGCGGGUGUAGCCCCCGAGUAAAGCCCCAGCAUCUUUCUACUCAUUUCCUCCCAAGGUUCAGACAAGUUGAACCGCCAGAACUUUCUUUUACCGUCACCGUCCCUGAAAAGAAAAAGCCACCAGUUGUUCCAGUGAAGCCAAAAGUCCCAAUACCCGUGCCUCGGAAAAACUCUCCUCCGGUCAAAUACAGACUCAAGUUUCGCUUUGGAUAGUGAUGGCUUGAACUCUUCAGCGAAGGAAUGUCUUUUUUUCUCCCUCAGGAGCUCAUACUUGUCUGUGAUUCCGCAGAGUUGAGGAGAUCUCUGAGGCAAAUUCUGUGAGGAGAUUCUUGAGAAGGUUGGCUUUCGUCUGGGGGCACAGGCUGAGUUGAAUUGGUUUUUUGGGGGACAGGUAGUUAAAAGAGGAAGCAGAAUUCUUCCACUGCUCUGUGGGGAAGAACGCCAAAGGAGCUCAAGCGAACAGAGAGGCAUGUGAGCUUUGCCUUAACUUUCAGUCUCAUCAUUUCUGCUUUCCAGUUGCUGAACAUGGUUUGUCCUCUGCUGACUUAAAAUGGUGAAUGGCUGUUCCAAAAGACUGACACGUCCAAAACAACUGUUACAAGAUGUGAAAGGGUUCAUCCUAUGCUGAGUCUG